AUGGACCAUAGCGAGGGUGAAACCCCUCCUCCAAUUUUGCCCAUGACGAACUUCUCUUAUUCUCAUACUACAACCGAGACCAAGCCCUACGUAGCCACGGAUGCUGAAGACAUGCUAGACGUAGCAAUCUCAGUCUUGGACCCGUGCCUCGCCCAGCAAGCCUCAUCGUCACAGUCUACUCCGAGGUCUGCAGCCCGUUAUCGUCAGGUUCACCUAGGCUUCGCUAGUCCGCCACCAGACACGCGAAAGCGCGCACGAUGCGUACCGCCACCACCCUCUGAUGAGGGGUUGGAGGCGCAAGACAAUGCGAUCGCAGAGGAUGCAGAAGUACCCCUGGACACCGAGAUCCCUGAGGCCGAGAGGAGUCUUGCACGUCGCUUCAGCACGUCGUGGAAGCAGACGUACUCGUGGUUGAGCUUGAAGUACAACAAACAUGAGCGCCAGUAUGGUAUGAAGUGUUCCGUCUGCUGUAAGUUUGCUCCUAACACCAAGUCUCCCUUUGGCGGUGCUGGAGUCGGUGCAAGGGAUUUUCAGAAGUCGUCGUGCCGCAACCAUGACCAGUCCAAGGUGCACCUCGCGGCCAUGGAAGCUGAACGACUCUCUGAAGGCACGGAGGUCGACAUUACAGAGGUGAAGAACCAUGUCGACAAGGUGAAGACCAAGCUGUCGCAGUACUACGUCGAGCCCGGCGCAUCCAACGGGCCGAACACCUCUCGCCUGAACAAGUUCCUUGCUGCACACGGCAGCAAGGACAAGCGCAAGAUGGAGCUCAAGGGAGUGGAUGAGAACGGCAAGCAUGCAAAAGCCGAGAUCGAGCUUCACGAGGACAUCAUCGACCCUGAAAACCCUGGGGGGGGGAUGCGACUUGGAGGCCUGCGUGGACCUGGCGAGGCGUUUCGCUCAGCGCCUGAUUAA